AUGGCACUCGUUCUCCCAACUUUGUCUGCCUUCACUUCUUCCCGUCUCACAGCCAUUUUGACGGCCAAGACCCAAGCAGACUUCACCGCAGCGUUUGAUGCGCUUUUCGCGCGCAAUGUCAAUGUUGUUUACAAUGGAAAGCAACUUUCAAGGGAACAGUACCAGGCACAGUUACUCGGUCAGAGCAGCGCUGCUGCUGAAGAGCAAGGCGCAAACGUCAGUCUUCAAGGUCAGCUAGAAAUCCCCGGCAACGAAGGCCAACUGUCUGGUGUUGUCGGUCUAUUCUACACUUCCCUUGUUGACUCAAAGUUCCUUGUCUUUGGAGCUCCCGCGGAGAGCAAACUAACUUCUUCAUUCAAUGCUAUCAUUCAGGCUACAGAGCCUCGACCUCCAUCCAACCCCCGUAUUCGCGGAUAUUUUGACCCCCGUCGCAUAGUGACAGUGAACCAGAAUGCUACCGAACAAGCCCUGCAAGUCACCAUUCCUCACUCUUCCAUUAAACCAACCACACCUGGCGUCACUACUAAGAAUUUCGCGCUUCCACAGGGGCCGUUUGGUGCACCCUUUGGUCCCGGACCUGUACGCUUGGGUCCCACAGAGACAAAUCCUGUCUCAGAGACGUUCCCAGGGGAUGGGGAGUUUGGUGCACCUCCAGUCAUGAUCCCUGGAGAAACUAUUGGUGAAGAUACUAAUACCAAGGCAUGA